AUUUACUCAACCUAACCUAACCUAAAUUAAAGUAUAGUGCACUCGUGUUAGAAGUACGGUUUGUUGAAUAUUUAUUCACGAUAGAUCAGAUAAUAGAUGAUGUUUUAAAUCGCGAUAUCGAAGAAAGUGUCUGUCAUGUUCUUAACAAACACGCUAUUGAAAAAGCCGAAGGCAAAAUUUAUUUUAGUCCUUACACAAAGUAUUGUAAGCGGUCAUCAGUUAGUGCGUAUGCGAGAGAGACUGGCUGACAAAUUAGAAUUUAUACGCUUUGAUCCUCUUGUCCAAAGUGCUGCAUUAUACAGAGAAAAGAAGAAAAUACGUAGUAUAAGAUAAGAUAGUGCAUAUGAUAUUUUAUUGCAAAAUUUCCAUCAACAAUAAUAUGCAAUGAAAAAUAUUUAUUGUGUAUCAAUAUAGUUAUCUUCAGAGAAAUACAAUUUAUAUUUAUUAUAAAUUAAAUCAUGAUUAUUAAACGACACGGUAUAAUAUGUUU